AGACCACACUGUCCUAAUGCCGACCCCCCACCAGUUCUCCUGCCCUUUAAGACGAAAAGGAGAUCUGAGUUACAAUGUGCAAUGUGUGGUUUUAUCUCACUAAUGAAGUCAACAGGAAAUCCUUUAUCUUUCUUGAGAAAAAGAAGACGUAACCGACCAGUUCAGACCCCAAGUGUUCCAAUCCCCUCCAUAUCAUGUGAUUCAGGUGUUCCAAUCCCCUCCAUGGACACAGGUGUAUACAAUCAAGCCCCUAGGCAUGCAGACGGCUUCUACAAACAUUGGUGAAAGAAUGGGUCGCUCUCAGGAGCUCAGUGACUCCAAGCGUGGUCCCGUGAUAGGUGGCCACCUGGGCAAUAAGUCCAUCCGUGACAUUUCCUGGCUACUAAAUAUUCCACGCUCAACUGUUAGUGGGAUU